AUGAAUGGAGACGCCGGCUGCCCGCAACGAUCAUCCUCGCCGUUGAAGCGUCGAGCCUCUAGCAUGGAACCAGACCAAGAGAACGGCGACCAAGUAAGCGCCGAGAUCCAGGUGUCAGGAGGCUUUCCCCGAGCCAUGAGCCUAGAUCCCCAGGAAGGUGAUGGGUCGAAGAGCGAAGUCCAGCGGGCACCUACUACCCCGCCGCCAAUCCAGGAGCAAGUCAAGAUCAUCGAGACCCUGCUCCAGGCCGCCAAGGAAGCGCCGCCCAAGGAAGGUGACAAGGCCUAUCUUGUGUCUCGCACAUGGGUAGACCAAGCCCUUGCUCUACGCAAGCAGGCUGCUGACACCGACUGCACACUUCUGGGGCCCGUCGAUAAUGCGAGCAUUAUUGAGGAUGUCAUAAUCGACUCCAGCGGCAAGGAGUUCACGCGCCUGAAGCCCGGAACGGGCGAGGAGUCCUUUGAGCUAUUCCCAGAGGAUGCAUGGAACAUGGUCGUUGACUGGUACGGGAUCAAGGACAAUCAAAAGCCCAUUGUUCGAGAGGCCAUAAAUCGAGCGCCUGAUUCCGAGUCGCCCGUCGAUAUUUGCUUUGAGCUACAUCCGCCCAUCUUCCGCAUUCACAGGCUGUGGUCUGAGUUAAGCCCUCUGCCUAUCGAGCAGUCUCUCAAAGCCAACAAGCCUCCCCCGGUCACCCUCGUUCGGAGUCGCAAGGCUCAGCUGCAUGCGUUCCUCAAAGAAGCAAAGACCUUGGCCCAUGUUCCCUUGGAUCGAAAAAUCCGCCUUCAUGCGCUUGCAGCUGAACAGGCCCCAGGCCCAGAGCUGCCCAACCCGUCGGAAGGCUCCGCUCUGACGCCGCCCGAUUCACCAAAGAGCAACGGCACUUCUACUCCCCAGGGCAUCUGGUCACAAUUGUUAGUCGGAGUUCCCGCCUUUUCCGAGGUCCGUGACUUGAGGAUGGAAUUGCGCAUUAACGACACGACGAUCAACCCCAAGUUCAAUGGAAGGUCUGCCCUCCAAAUCUAUGACCUUGUCACUGAUCAGACUCUCAUCAUCGAUGAGUCGAUUAACGGCAAGUCGUGGGUCAGCACAUACACAGAGAAGGACGCUUCCAAACCGACUAAGAACCUCAAGACUCUGAACCCUGAUCUGUCAUCAGCGAACAGCAGCAGGCGUAGCAGUCCAGGUCCCGGUGUCAUGACACGCGGUCGUGCGCAGCACGGCCGUAAGAUCGGACGCAGCCUUGGUGCCGUCGGUCUCCAUAACCUGGGCAAUACCUGUUACAUGAACUCAGCUUUGCAGUGUGUUCGAAGCGUGGAGGAGCUAUCCAAGUACUUCCUGACGGACUCUAAUGUGGACGAGAUCAACAAGUCAAACCCACUAGGAUAUAACGGACGUGUGGCGUUGGCCUACUACGGUCUGCUGAAGGAAAUCUAUGAGCAAAAUCGUGGGUCAGUGAGCCCCCGCGACUUCAAGUCGACAGUCGGUCGCUGCCGCAGCACAUUCCAAGGCUGGGGCCAACAGGACACGCAAGAGUUCCUAGGAUUUCUCCUCGACGGCCUGCAAGAGGACUUGAGCCGUAUCAAGAAGAAGCCAUACAUCGAGAAGCCUGACUCGACUGAUGAUAUGAUUAAUGAUCCUGAGGCUAUCCGCAAAAUGGCCGACGACGUAUGGGACAUUACGAGGAGGCGCGACGAUUCAGUCAUUGCCGAUCUCUUCACAGGCAUGUACAAGUCUACGCUGAAAUGCCCUGAGUGCGGCAAGAUAAGCAUCACCUUUGAUCCAUUCAAUAAUCUUACCUUACCGCUACCGAUCAAGGAGGUCUGGUCUAGCCCGGUUAUCUUCUACCCUUUGAACGACGUUCCCGUCAAGAUCGAGGUGGAGCUACCCAAACACAGCGCCAUGGACAGCCUCAAGCAAUACAUGUCCACGCGCACCGGCGUGCCUGUCGAGCGCCUUAUGGGGGCGGAAGAGUUCAAAGGGAAGUUUUUCAAGAUCUACAGCGACAAUGAGGACGUCUCCGAGGAGAUUGGCAAUAGUGAUAUCCCCGUGGUCCACGAGUUGGAAACUGCGCCCUCCAACUGGCCAUUGAAAAGCAAAAAAAAGAGCCGCUCAAUGCUGGAUCUCUCAGCCGAGCCUGCCGAAUGGGACGAUCCCGCCUAUGAACAGCUGUUGGUUCCUGUUUUCCACCGGGCGCAGAACGCGUCUCGCAUGGCUGAUAUGGUCCCGCCACACUUCAUUGUCCUGAGCAAAGAUGAAGCCUUCAACUACGAAGCGAUACAGAGGAAGGUCUUGGAGAAACUAGCCACUUUCUCCAGCUUUCCCGCGUUGAGGGAGGGCAUGGAUGAGACCGCCGAGAUUGAUGGUGUCGUUGUGUCUGCGUCAGAUGCAGAGUCUUCUAACGAAGCCAAGGUGACCGCGCAGUCUGUCAAGGAUGAAGAAGAUACGGUCGACAUCACCAUGAAAGAUUCUGCAGAUAGCGUGCAAGCUCGGCCGUUGCCUCACGAGCCACAGCUCCUGAAGCAAUUCAACAAACGCCGACCUGCUUACGCUAAAUCGGGUGCAUUCCUGGAUCCGUCCCUGCAAAACCUCUUCGAGCUCUGCUACUUUACUGAUGGUACCGACUCUGUUCCCUCUGGCUGGUCCCAACUGCAAAGCUACCGGCAGCAGCUCCCCAAGGUCGCAGACCGCAUGCCCCAGCCGUCAGGCGAGAGUGAUCACAGCAGCCCUGGCAGCUGGGACAGCACCGCCUCGGGCAACGAUGAUAGCGGCGCCGAGGCGGACGUUAAGACGGAAGUUUCGCCCCCGUCGUCGCAGACUCGCAUGGCUGAGGAGUCCAGUGAAGAAGACGGCCCCGCUCGCUUUGAACGCAGAUCACCCCCUCGGAAGAUGAAGGGAGGCAAGAAGAAAUUCAAUAAGGAGCAAAAGACGUACGGAAAGAAGGCGCUGAGGCGAGAGAAGAAGUUGCGCAAAGAAGCGCAAAAGGCCGCAUCUGCCGCCGUGCGGCCCCAGCCAACACCCCGUGCCCAAGCUGACGGUGGUCCGCUGCUUCGUCUUGGUGAAGGACUUGUCGUUGAGUGGAAUGACGAUGCGUGGGAACACAUUUUUGGAAAGAGCAUGGCAACAUUCUCCAACAUUGAGACUCUCCACGAUACGGCUCUUAAGAUCAGCAAGACUCGUCGCGAGAGUCGCCGCUCUAGAGGUAUCACCCUGGAAGAAUGUCUCGACGAGUUCGAGCGCGCCGAGAUCCUUUCGGAGCAAGACAUGUGGUACUGCCCACGAUGCAAAGAGCACCGCCGGGCAAGCAAAAAGUUCGACCUGUGGAAGUCUCCCGACAUCCUGGUGGCGCAUCUGAAGCGCUUCAGCAGUGCUGGGUACCGCCGUGACAAAUUGGAUGUCCGCGUCGACUUCCCCAUCGAAGGGCUGGACCUGACCUCGCGCGUGAUCCAGAAGGAGGAUGGCCAGAACGAGAUCUACGACUUGAUCGCGGUAGAUGACCACUACGGCGGCCUCGGCGGUGGCCACUACACUGCGUACGCCAAGAACUUCAUGGAUGGCAAAUGGUACAACUACAAUGACUCGUCAGUCAGUCAAGUGUCAGAUCCGCAGACGGUGGUCACCAACGCAGCCUACCUAUUGUUUUACAGAAGGCGCUCGAGUCGGCCAUUGGGUGGGCCCAGGUUUGCAGACAUCUUUGAUAAGUUCGACAAUGGUGACGAGGCAGAGGAAGAUUCGUCCACCGAGAUGGAGAAUGAUUCCCAAGCCAAUGGAGGUUAUGGGCAGUCGCGGCCCGCGAUUAGGAACCGGACCUCGACUACCACCACCGUCAGGCAGCUCAGUGGAGUCAACGGAUCAGACGACGAUGAGCCUCCUUCGUACACGUCCAUUCAACAGAGUGUCGAAGACGAGGGCAUCGAGAUGGACGAUUCGUACGCACAGCCGGCUCAUGCUAUGCAACAGGGAUGGAGUUUUGACGACAGAAACAGCAUCGAUGGAGGUAGCGACAUUGCUCAGAUCUCGGGCGAUGAAAGACGUCAACUAUCGGAGGAUACUGAGAUGAGGUCCAACACAUCUGACCUUGAUCCUGACUCGGAUGCUGAGCUUGACGCACGGGACGGCGUGAUCUCGGUGCCGGCAACGACAGCAGGCCUGCGCGGGUCGGAGGAGGUUGCGGAGAUCCAUGUGGAAGAGGACAAGACCACUCGCCAUGUGUAA